CAACAGCCCAGCACGAGAGCAUGUUAGGGAGUAGGGAGUAGGGAUCGUCCUCAUGCGCAGGCCGCCGGCGAUCCAGCCGGUACCUUUAGUUCAAAUCUAAACGGUGACAGGUCGAGACGCCCGCGUGACUGUGCUCGAUUUUGGGCGCGCGUCGCGACAAGACAAAAACCCGUAACGAAUCUUGCUAAGUUUUGCAUAAUGGAUAACCAGGCUGAAGGAGACUCGAGGAUCGACCGAUGAGAAAGAAACGCGCGUUCGAUCGACAAGGACCGUAUGUGCAAGACUUCUGGAAUCGUUUUUGUUUUUCGGCUCCAACGAUCGUUUCCGUUCUCCCCGUGUCGUGCUUUUUUCCUCUCCUGGACCUAGCUGCCUUGGCGACAACGCUUUUUUUCCCUUUGCUGCAUUCAAGUAAACGCUCAUUGCAUUGUCGCGACGCGUGCGCCCAAACAUUCUCUUCUCUAUUUAACUAAAGACUCUGUAAGGAAUAAUGUUCUUUUGCACCGUCGUUCGUCGAUAGUUCUCACGUGUCAAUAAAUCUGGUUUAACAAGACAUCCAUUAUACAAUAAGUACGUCACAUCGCUGGUGAAUAAAUACGGAACUAAAAGAAAGAAGUGUAUUGUUACUUUAUGAAAAUUAGACAAAAGGGAAGAGAGAGGGAGAGAGAGAAAGAGAUAGUGUGUGUAAUCAAGACGAAGCGAGAUAGAAAGGCAUACGAAGUUCUUAUGUUUUCGCAAGUCUUGUGGCAGUCGUGUGCUGAUCUUUAUAUAUUGUAAAUAGCAACGAGUCGUGAACGACUGAUAGACAAAGUUCUAUCAAACAUUGAAAAAGCGAUCGAACAUGCUUUUCGCGUUAAAAAUCGAACUGAUUUAGUGGGGGGCCAGGGGUUCAAUAUUUACCAAAAAUACACAAAAUAUUGACGAUAUAUUAACGGAGAGUUUUGACGAUGGUUUGUGUUGUCGGUACUGUGAGUAGUACGUAAAGUACUGAAGGAGAGGUAGAAAGGGAGAUAGUAUUGUUGAGAGGCUGUGGAGUUCGAGUUUUCGGGACUGGAUCCGUCGAAAACCAUUCAGAACCCUCUGACCGCGAGUUUUCUUGGAAGACUAUCCGUGAGAAUGGAUGUAGUGUCGAGUGGACUGCUCAUGCCAGCGAAGGUCGUGGAUAUUGCUACCUACCACUCGUCUUUUUAUUCUCCGCCACCCACCGAAGCAUCGCGCUCUGGUUACGAUUCUAGUAGUGGUGGAGAGUCUGACAACGAGUACAAUGUCAUUGCUUGUCGUGGAGCCAGCAAUCAGUCCCAGAAUCCAAACACAACAAAUGCGAGCAGUAAUGGUCAAGGAAAACACAUAAACAAAGGAAGGUGGACCAAAGAGGAGGACGGUCUGUUGAAGCAGCUAGUAAGCAACGCCGAACAACUUGGGACCGGACUUCGAUGGGAUGUCAUAGCUGGCCACUUCCCCGACAGAAGUGACGUUCAGUGUCAGCAAAGAUGGGCGAAGGUCGUGAAUCCGGAAUUGGUCAAAGGACCAUGGACGAAAGAGGAGGACGAAAAAGUAGUAGAAUUAGUGGAACGAUAUGGACCGAAGAAGUGGACAUUAAUUGCCCGACAUCUAAAGGGCCGUAUCGGUAAACAGUGUCGGGAAAGAUGGCACAACCAUUUGAAUCCGGGCAUCAAGAAAACAGCGUGGACAGAGGCGGAGGAUAGGAUCAUUGUGGAAGCUCACCGCAGAGUGGGAAACCAAUGGGCGAAAAUAGCAAAACUACUGCCGGGCAGGACGGAUAAUGCUAUAAAAAAUCAUUGGAAUAGCACUAUGAGGAGGAAAUACGAAACUGAAGAUGGUGGUAGACCCACUAGCACAAGAGGAAGAGGUAGGAGAAAAGCUACAGAGUCGUCGGUGCACUCUAAAGAAGCAGAGGAGGAAAUCUCAAGUCAUGGUCGUCUGAAGGUAGAUUCAACGAACAACGAAAACUCCACAACUGUGUCCACUAUGCAGCAGCAUACUCUGGGUAUCGAUCAGCUGGACUGGAGUAGGGCUUGGGAUAAUCAACAAAAUAACCAGACGUUCCAAGGUCUUCUGAAUCUGAAUGAACGGCCGCACAAUAACGAAUCUCGAGUAGAUACCCCUUCAAAAAGAGGAAGUUCUUCUCGAGUCAAGACUGAACAAAUUUCACCUUUUACAAAGUAUUUUGAUAUGCAAAUACAAGGUGAAGCGACAAGUUCAAAGAAUUCAGAGAUUAGACUAAUGCCCAUGCCAGAUCUGGAGGAAAUGCCAGAAGCCAUAGCGGAAAAAGAAAGGAGCAGUCCACCCCCUAUUCUCCGUCGACGUAGAAAUACUCAGGCCCUUCAGCAGAGGACGGAAAUACCUGAGAAUAUGAACCAGACUGAUUACUUGUUAAUAAGCCAACAACAGCAACAGUCUGGCGUUACCACUCCAUCCACGCCCAUCAAACAAUUGCCAUUCAGCCCGUCACAGUUCUUGAACAGCCUGAGUCCUGAAACCUCCCCCUGGCCACGGGCAAGUACCCCUAAAGGUAAUAGCCCUGGUCCACUCACCACACCACAACCCACUGGUCUUCGACGAAGUCAGAAUGAUGGGAACACACCGAGAACGCCAACACCGUUCAAAAACGCGUUAGCAGAAUUAGAACGGCGCAGCGGCGCGACUACUCAGUUACCUGCCACCCCAAGUCGUCUGGAUGCUCUAACGGAAAUCAUCAAACAAGAAACCGACCGUGAAAGUCUAGCAGGGACUAGCACCAUCCUUCAAGACUCUGGUUACAGCACGAUUAGACGGCGGGGUAAAGAAAAUAGCGCUCCUGGUGGAAAGAGAGCGCGUAAAGCUCUCUGUCAAGCCUGGGCAAAUGCUUCCCAGGAUAAUUCCGAAAUAAGUUUCGUUGUAGAAACACCGAGUAAAAGUUUGGACACAUCGGUAUUAUUUUCACCAGCAUCCAUGGCAUUGGAGGAUAGUUUCUUAACAGCAGGAACUAGCCCCGUAAAGACUUCCCACGACUUUGUGUCCAUACAACGGAAGCCUAACGCCAAGAGAGCAAUCACGUUCGACGCGUUCGACAGUCCCUGUUGUAUUCUCAGCCCUCUACCGCUUAGGCCAGUCAAACGUGCCAAGCUACAAUUGGAGGCACAAUGGACAACAGUGGCAUGUGGACGCACGCGUGAUCAGCUGGAAAUGACGCGAGCCGCCCGACGAUUCCUCAGCAGCCAUGGAUACCUGCCAUUACGUCCUCGUUCUCUGAACUUUUAACAGCCUUUCUGCAGCCGCAGGGGCUCGGUCGCACUUCGUGGUACAAAAAACGCGACAUUGAACUAGUCGUAAUUAAAACUACACGGCGCUUCCGUUUAAGGAAUAUGGCCUUUUUCUAUCAAAACUGUCGAACGAGAUGAGAAAAUAGAAAAAACGUGGCGAAGGAAAAAUAAAUCUAUUAGAUAAUUUUUUUACAAGCUGAAUACGAAUGCUUCGCGUAUUGAAAUUACGUUUCAUAAUUAUCUUUUGUAAUGUAACCGCGGAUGUAAUAUUCUGAAAAUGCAUCUGAAAUUGCAUUUUGAAAGGAGAGGGAAUGUCACGCUUUACCAACACUUCUGUUUAUAGUUCAUUCUUAAACUCAAGAAUAAACUGCAAAAACAAAAGCAAAGCAAAAGACACUUCUGCCUUUUUUAUAGAUGAUAAAAUGUUGCUACUGUAGUGGCUUAUAAUUAAUAAACGUAAAAAGAAAUAA